AUGGAGGGUUGGAACAAAAUUUCCGCUUCUCUCAGCAGCAUUGACUUCAGCGCGUCUGCAAACCGCUUCUCCAAGGGCUUCAACUCCAGUAUACAAGCGACCAAGGAGCGAUUGGGGACUGUUGCGCCUGAAGAAAUCACUGAGCUGCCCCAAGAAUACCGCGACCUUGAAGCCCAAGUCGAUGCCUUGAAAGCCGCCCAUCUUGCUCUUCUAAAAAUAACGACGGUAUACGAAACUGAAGCCUACGACUAUCCGGUGGCUGUAAAUGAGUCUAUUGCAGAGCUCUCCACCUCAAUUGGCGUCGGUAUAAACAACUUUGCGUCCAGUAACUUGAAGGGAACCAACCUUCCUUCUCCAACCCCAAUUGCUGCACCUCCUCAAGUCCACAAGACUCUUCCUCAUGCCCUCGGUCGCUCAGCUACUACCGCUGCAAAUGUCAUCAAGGCUACCACUACCGGUGGUGACAAACUUGGCAAGGCUCUCGGAUUGUAUGCGGAUGGCUGGGAGAAGAUUGCUUCCGCCCGAGUUGAACACGAUAUCGCCGUUCGUGACAACUUCCUUCAUCCGUGGCAGCAAACUCUGGCGACAUCCAUUAACGUAGCCAUCAAGGCCCGCCAGGCCGUCCGCUCCAGCCGACUUGAGUUAGACGCUGCGAAGCAGACACUGAAGAAUGCAAGCCCUGCCAAGCAAGAACAGGCUAGACUCGAGGUCGAGAAUGCUGAGGAUGAUCUUGUCCAAAAGACAGAGGUUGCCAUUACCCUUAUGAAGACAGUGCUUGAGAAUCCGGAACCUCUCAAGAAUCUGAAUGAGCUUGCCAAAGCUCAGCUCGCGUACUUUUCUGCUGCGGCCGAAAGCCUCAACAGCAUCCAAGGCGAGGUUGAAGAGCUUAGUGUGGCCGCGGAAGGCGAAUAUAGUCCCGCGACCAUUGAAGUUCCCCUCCAUUGA